UCAAACAUUAAAGGAAGCGUUUCCGUAAACAAAUCCAACGUUUUUACGAUAUUGUGUAUUAUUGACAUAUUUUUAAAGCUUUAGAGAUAAAUACGUGAUCUUUUCAUCUAAUUUUAGAUGACUCUUGGACGAAAAUACCAGAAUUGUUCCGGGAAUGCGGGGGACGCUCGUAAGGUGUAUACUAGCCAGUCGAAGGUCGGGUCUCUAUCAGGGUGCUCUUCUUCAAUAUCACUCUCCGACAUGAUCGAGCCACCAGACUACGAGGAAGUAUGCGACCGGCUAAUGGGGGAGCGGGACCCCCUCGCCUACCCCGCCAACGACAUAGAACUGCUGACCAUUCCGCGCCGAAUCCGGACAUUAACUCAUGUGCUACCAGAUGAAGAUCUGAGUAAGGCGCCGAUGUUCGUCCGCGACUGCAUCAGCUGCUACACGUCGGACUACACGGUGGUGGAGUACAAGUACCGCGCGCACUCGGGCUCGGCGAGCGGCCACGAGCGCCUCAGCGAGCGGCUCGACAAGCUGCUCGCCGCGCCCGCGCACUCCUACGAGAUAGACGCCGAGCACUCCACCUCCAUGGAGGAGUUGGCCUCGCAGCAGCUACAGUUUGAAUCCCAACCAUCAAGUGGGCGUCAAUCAGUCGCGUCGAUAUCUUCAUCUUCGUCCUGCAACGAGACCCUGACGCCUCGGGGCUCCUGGGCGAGCCUGGACUUGCGUAGCUCCUCCUCAGAUCCAUUAUUGCCUGAUGUUUUUGAGAAGAAACCACCGGACCAAGUUGAUGCUAUCAAUGAAGCUAAGAGAUUAGAGAAUCGUCAAACAGAUCUCCUGGGGUUGUAUGCCCCUUACCUCGAUGAAGAAGAAGCGGUGGAGAGACGUCUCGCUGCUGAGAUGCCGUGUGAGCUGAUGGGUCACAGGAUAAUGGUCGUGUGCCAUCAACUCAAAUUGGAACUAGACAUCGAACCGCUCUUCGCAUCGAUGGCGCUCUACGAUGCGAAGGAGAAAAAGAAGCUGUCGGAGAACUUCUACUUCAACCUCAACUCGGAGUGCACGAGACAGAUGCUGGCCGGACACGUGCCGCACGCAGACCUCUCCACCCUCAGCCGCAGCGCAGUCUUCGAUAUACUGAACCCCUCCCCGGAUGUGUUUCUGGUGGUGAGGGUCGAGAAGGUCCUGCAGGGAGACGUCAACGAGUGUGUCGAGCCAUAUAUUAAGGACGAUAAGAACCGCGAAAAGGUCCGCGCCAGCGCGCAAGCCGCGUGCACGCGGCUCGGCAAGUACCGCAUGCCGCUGGCCUGGAGCGCCGUGUCGCUGCUGAGCGUGCUCAGCGGCACCGCCGGCGCCGAGCGCGAGCAGGAGCGCGACUCGCACACCAACAGCCUCGACCGCAAGGCGUCGUCCAGCAGCCUGGAGCAGCUGCGGCGGCGCGCGGGCGAGGUGGGCGGCUCGCUGUCGCGCAAGGGCUCCGUGGAGCGCCGCGCGCCCGCCGCCGACGACCUGGCGCCCGCGCUCGACGCCUUCAAGACCAUCGUCGUCACCGUCACCAGCUUCUUCAAGCAGGAAACGGACAAGCUCCGGGACGAGGACCUGUACAAGUUCCUCGCCGAGAUCAAGCGGCCGAGCUCGGCUCCGAAGAAGUUGAAAUGCAUCCCCGGCAUACUGAAAAUUGAAGUGUCGCCGUGCCCUGACGAAAUCAAGAACGGACUUACACCGGAAUUAGCUAAACUUGCGCCUUACAACGCGGAGGAGAACGGCCGCCCGUGCAAGGAGGUGCUGGCGUUCCCGGGCAGCGCGCCGGCGCAGCCGCACGUGCAGUACCGCAACCUGCUGUUCGUGUGCGCGCGCGACGCCAACCUGGCCGCCUACGCCUCGCGCGCCGCCUCCGCCAGGAACAUCACCGUGAGAAUCCAACUGAUGGCCGGUGAAGAUCAGGCCUCCGCCCUUCCAGCGAUCUUCGGUCGUAGUUCGUGUCCGGAGUUCAGCACCGAGGCGUACACAACGGUACUCUACCAUAAUAAGAGCCCGUCGCUGUACGACGAGGUGAAGCUGAAGCUGCCGGCCGACCUGGGCGAUCAGCACCACCUGCUGUUCACGUUCCUGCACGUGUCGUGCCAGCGCAAGCCGGUGGCGCCCGAGCACGAGAAGAGCGUCGAGACCACGCUCGGAUACUCGUGGCUGCCACUUUGUCGUAACGGCAAGCUGACUUGCGGCGAGUUCAGCCUGCCAGUGAUGCAGGAAGAGCCCCCUCCCAACUACUCCUACAUCUUCCCCGACGUGCUGCUCCCCGGGACGAGAUGGAUCGACAACCACAAGCCUAUCUUCAAUGUAUCUCUAGAUGCGUAUACGACUGUACACCCACAGGACGGUUACAUCGAGCGAUUUGCGAUGGCGUGCGAGGCGGUGCAGGAGGGCAACAUCCCGCCGAGGAUCGGACUCGCCAACAUGGAAGCGGAACUACGGGCCAGCAUAGCGGAGCUGCCGACGGCAAGCGUGGAGUGCCUGUCGCGCUACCUGCCGGUGGUGUGCGACAAGCUGCUGCAGCUGCUGGCGGCGGCGCCCGUGCUGGCGGGGGUGCCGCUCAACAUAGCGCAGGACGUCUUCACGUGCCUCGCGCAUCUCUUCACGGACCUCACCAACAUGUCGGAGGGCGCGACGUGCGACGCGCACGGCCGCAGCAGCCUCAUCAGCAGCUACAUCCAGUACCAGUGCCGCAUCCCGCGCCCCGCCCUCUCCGACGGGGACGUCGGCCUGCCGCUGCCGCCCUCCGUUUUAACUGAUGGCUCUUGCAAGAUUUUACACGAGGAACUGGCGCUGCAGUGGGUGGUGGCGAGCGGCGCUACGAGAGACUUGGCUAUGCAAAAUUCCUGGGCGCUGUUCGAGCUGAUGGUAAAGUCCAUGGUGGAGUACCUGCACUGGAGCGGCGCGCACGAGGCGCCGCGCAAGGCGCGCUUCCCGGACCAGUUCACGGACGACCUCGCCACCCUCGUCAACAACGUCACCGCGGAGAUCAUCUCCAAAUAUGGAAAGAACAGUCGCCUCACGCAGAGCCUGAACAACAGCCUGGCGUUCUUCCUGUUCGACCUGCUCAGCAUCAUGGACCGCGGCUACGUUUUCAACCUCAUCCGAGGGUACCACAAGCAGAUGUGCGCCAAGAUCGCCUCCCUUCCGGAUGCCGUCCCACUCGUACACUACAAGCUGUCGUUCCUGCGCAUCGUGUGCUCGCACGAGCACUACGUGUCGCUGUGCCUGCCGCCCGGCGCGUCGGGGGCGGCGUCCCCCGCGCCGUCCGCGCGCUCCGGGGGCUCCGACGACGGCCGCCGCCGGAUCGUGGCGCUCUCCACCGACUUCCGCUGUCGGCACUACCUGGCCGGCCUGCUGCUGGCCGACCUCACGGCGGCUCUCGACCUCCAGAGCCCCGUGCUGCAGUGCGCGGCCGUGAACGCCGUGCUGGCGCUGCUCACGGCGCACGACGCCGACCCGCGCCUGGCGCCGCCCGAGCUCAAGGCGCGCGUGGCGGCGCUGUACCUGCCGCUGCUCGGCGUCGUCAUGGACGCGCAGCCGCAGCUCUACCGCGGGUUCGACAGCGGAAAGGAGACGCUACAAUUGGACGGCGAAAUGAGCCAAUUUGGAAAUAUGUACGCCCCGGCCUCACCGGAUGAGGUCAAGCAGAGCGGGCGGGCGCCCUUCAACAGCGAGACCAGCCGCAACCUGCUGAUGUGCCUCGUGUGGGUGCUGCGCUGGGCCGAGCGGGGCGCGCUGUGCGCCGCCGUCGCCGAGCUGGCGCCCGCGCGCCUGCACGCGCUGCUGGCGCUCAUCGACCUCGCCUUCAAGUGCCAGGAGUACAAGGGCCGUAAGGAGAUACUGAAAUGCGCUCAGCAGAACGUGCGCAAGACCACGGACAUCAAGGCGAAGCUGGAGGACGUGAUCCUCGGGCAGGGCUCGGCGCGGUCCGACUUCAUCAUGCGGCGCAAAGGCGGCUCGAGCGGGCGCGGCGCGUGCCGCGAGCGCUGGCGCAAGCAGGGCCUGCGGGGCGCCGCGCGCUCCCGCCCCGCGUCCCCCGCGCGCGCCACGCCCGCGCUGGCCGCCGCGCUGGCCGCCGACGUGGCGCUCACGCUGCUGCACGCGCUCGAGCUCAUCGUGCAGUCGUGCAGCGGGCUGGAGUGGGGGCAGUCGGCGUGCAGCGGCGCGCUGGGGGUGCUGCUGCGGGCGCUGCAGCGGAACCAGAGCGCCGUGGUGCUGCAGCACAUGUUCGCGUCCGUGCGCUCGCUCAUCCUGAAGCUGGGCUGGUCGUGGUGCUCGGAGGAGGCGGGGCCGGGCACGUGCCGUGUGCUGCUGCGCCACUGCGCGUCGCUGAGCGCCGGCCCGCGCGCGCACGCCGCGGCCGCGCUGUACGCGCUCAUGCGCCACCACUACCACCUCGGGAACAAUUUCAGCAGAGUAAAGAUGCAAGUGACCAUGUCGCUGUCGUCCUUGGUGGGCACGUCCACCACGUUCAGCGAGGAGUCCCUGCGGCGCGCGCUCAAGACCGUGCUCAUGUACGCGGAGCACGACCAGGACCUGCAGGACACUAAUUUCCCAGAACAGGUCAAGGACUUAGUAUUCAACCUGCACAUGAUCCUGAGCGACACGGUGAAGAUGAAGGAAUUCCAGGAGGACCCGGAGAUGCUGCUGGACCUCAUGCACCGGAUCGCCCGCGGGUACCAGCACAGCCCGGACCUGCGCCUCACGUGGCUCAGCAACAUGGCGCAGAAGCACAUGGAGCGCUCCAACCACCUGGAGGCCGGCAUGUGCCUCGUGCACGGCGCGGCGCUGGCGGCCGAGCAGCUGCGCGCGCGGGGCCGGGGCGCGGCGCUGCUGCAGCGCGUCACGCACAACGCGCUGGACGAGAGCUGCGCCGACCCGCUGCACCACCACCUCACGCCGCACGAGCUGCAGGCGUUGCUGGAGCACGCAGCCAGCGAGCUGAUGACGGCCGGCAUGUACGAGACCGUGAACGAGGUGUACAAGGUGCUCAUACCCAUCGCGGAGGAGAACCGGGACUACAAGAAGCUCGCUAACAUUCACGGCAAGCUGAACGAGGCGUUCACGCGCAUCGAGCAGCUGCACGGCAAGCGCGUGUUCGGCACGUACUUCCGCGUGUCGUUCUACGGGGCGCGCUUCGGGGACCUGGACGGGGAGGAGUUCGUGUACAAGGAGCACGCACUCACCAAGCUGCCCGAGAUCUUCAGCAGGCUCGAGAACUUUUACGGUCAAAGAUUCGGUCCCGAGAACGUAGUGAUCAUCAAGGAUUCCAACGUGGUGGACGUGAGCGCGCUAGAUCCGGACAAGGCCUACAUCCAAAUCACAUACGUGGAGCCCUACUUCGAGCCGCACGAGUUGCGCACGCGCAUCACGCAUUACGAACGGAAUUAUAACAUAAAGCGCUUCAUGUACGCGACGCCGUUCACGGCGGGCGGGCGCGCGCACGGCGAGCUGGGCGAGCAGUGCAAGCGCAAGACGCUGCUCACCACCGCGCACCACUUCCCCUACGUCAAGACGCGCAUACAGGUUGUGCAAAGGACGCAAAUAAUUCUAACGCCCAUCGAGGUAGCUAUUGAAGAUAUACAGAAAAAGAUAAACGAGCUGGCUGCAGCAACCAGUCAGGAGCCCCCCGAUCCAAAAAUGUUACAAAUGGUGCUGCAAGGCUGCAUCGGCACCACUGUCAAUCAGGGACCCCUAGAACUAGCGCAGGUGUUCCUGGCGCCAGUUGUCGACGGAAGUCAACCUGUCACGAGACUGACAAAUAAACUAAGACUUGCAUUCAAGGACUUCUCAAAGAAGUGCCACGACGCGUUGAAGAAGAACAAGAAUCUGAUCAGCAGCGAGCAACGCGAGUACCAGCGCGAGUUGGAGCGGAACUUCGCGCGCUUCACCGAGCGCCUCGCGCCGCUCAUACACGCCACGCCCUCGCACGUGGCGCACCUCACGAAUGGUUUAAGCAAAGGCGACUACAAAUAUCAAGCUUAGUCAGAGCUCCGUGACAUAGGACGUGAAAGAGUGACAAGACGACGCAAUAAAAUGGAGAUUAAAAUUAUUUUUAUCAUACAUUAGUAUUGUAGUUUACACUUUAAUUAUCACAUUCGUAUUUUUUCUUCAAUGAAUGCAAUUCCAUAAUACAAUUUUAAAAUUAGAAGACUUUAAUUCAUAUAAGUGUGUAUUGCGUGAUUUGUAUUUGUGAAAUCGAAAUGUAUUAUGAUUUUUUAAUUAUUAUAAUGUUAGACAAGACUUGAUUUACUAAAAUAUUUGAUGUGAUUGUACUUAGUUGAUAAGUAGUACUGUUAAUGAUAAGCACAAUAUUAAACAGUGGAAAUGACAAUACAUAACGGUUUCUAAACAUUAUAUUUCUUAAAACAAACAUUAACAAAAAAAAAAUUACACAAUAUGAGAUGAAUCUUUACAAUAUCAAUAUAUUCAUAUGCAUAUAGAAAUUAUUCUACGUAUCUUGAGUAUAAUGGAUUUUUUUUAUUUUGCCCCAAUAUAUCAUUGGAAGAGCCGAGAUGGACCAGUGGUUAGAACGCGUGGCACCUUAACUUAUAAUUGCGGGUUCAAACCCAGGCAAGCACCACGAAUUUUCAUGUGCUUAAUUUGUGUUUAUAAUUCAUCUCGUGCUCGGCGGUGAAGAAAAACAUCGUGAGGUAACCUGCAUGUGUCUUAUUUCAAAGAAAUUCUGCCACAUGUGUAUCCACUAACCCGCAUUGGAGCAGAGUGGUGGAAUAUGCUCAAAAUAUUAUCCUCAAAGCGAGAGGAGGCCUUAG